GUGUACAUGCACCCUAAAAAUAGCCGGUCAAAAAAACGAGUGAAAACCGAAGUACUUUGUAGGACUUUGACAUUUCACUCUAUGCAUUCAAGAGGAGAAGGCUCGUCACAGAGAUGGCACGAUUUAUAUUAACUCUCGUGAGACAUGGUCAGACAAUAUACAACCAAGAUGGUAUCAUACAAGGUCAAAUGGACGUACCAUUAUCUGAGGAGGGGAGGAAACAGGUCUGGUUGCUAGGCAAGGCAUUGCAACAUCAUCGAUUCUCAAAAAUCUUCGCCAGUGAUCUGCAAAGAGCUUCAGAGACCGCUCAAGCUGUUGUUGACCUCGGAACAGUUGAAAGGCCAAAGGUCAUCACAGAUCCUAGGUUAAGAGAAAGGGGUUAUGGACGAUUGGAAGGAAUACCCGUCAAAGAGUACCAGGGACACGCCAAGAGGCAGAAGAAGAGAAUCGAGUUUACACCGGAAGGUGGAGAAACUAUUGAACAAGUUAAGAAACGAGCCGUUGAUUUCUUCAAAGACCUGUGUGACGACUUUUUAGAAGGCAAUGCACUUCUUACCCCUCCAGAAAAAUGUAUACCAGCAAAACACCCCCGCCAGGCCGAUGAUGGCUCCAACCCACCAGAUAAAGUGCACACAAAUCCGGGAUCUUCCAUUGCACAAUCAGAGUUGAGUGCUUCCUUUGAAAAGGACAGUCCGCCAGUAGAAUUUACUGUAGGCGAUGAGGAAGAGGUAUUGAGUGAAAGUGCUGAGCCAAUCAAAAGCUGCGAGCUUAGCAGCGAAGAUUUGGCAACGGAGGAACAAACAACUCAAGCCAAGAAGCAUGCAAAGAGUGGAGGAGGGGAAGGUCCUCAUUUUCAUAAACACUCGUCCUCUGGCAGUAAUCAGUACGCCCCCAACGUGACCCUAUCAAACUCUCCCAUGCAUGCAGGAGGGGGCGAGUUGUCUGAGGGUGCUAUUGAGAUAUCAUACUCCGACAGUAGCCUGGGAAGUCAGGGAACCGAUGAUUUUGACGACGACAUUGAUUUGGACGGCAUGGCGGCGGACGUCUUGGUGGUCGCGCAUGGCGUGCUCAUCCGAGAACUGAUGAAGUAUUUCAUCGACGAGCUAAACUGCUUCAUACCCAAGGGUCAGAACUUGGCCAAUCGAGUCACUUUUAACACCGGAAUGUCGCGGUUUCAGGUUGACCUUCUAGACGGGUUCCCAAAGAUGGAAUGUUUAAGCAUUCAUCAGAUUGAUCAUUUGCAUCAACCUUAACUAUAGCAUCAAUAAUCGCUCAAAGUCAGGGGGCACAUCAGGGAGUUUAAACUUAGGAAGCGUCUCAAAAUUUGGGCAUGUUCUAGGUGCAGAGAAAGCGUUCCUGUUGGCACCUUCCCUAUCAGCCAAUGGACCUCCAGAACAUUGGGCUGUACCGUGCAAUGUGCCGAACUUAAGGAACAAUCUUACACGAGAGAAUAUUAUGCGCAUUAGUAAUUGAAAGGUUACAAGAGACCAGAUAAGAAUGUUUCAACCGUUCAAACUUUUGAGAAGCUCCCUUACUAGAAAAUGGGCAUUCCCUUCAGGAAAUGAGAGGUAUUCUUCUGUUUCCCCAGGCCCUUUUUUGAGCGUUUUUUUUUUAAAUAUAGCAGUCGUCGGGAAAAAUUAAUCAGUCAAAGAAAAAACAGUAUUACAUACAUUUUAAUUA